AUGGCCACCUGGCCGAAGCCCAACUACGAGGACCCGGUGACUCGUGGUCAUGGCGCGAUCAUCGUCAACGUUGUCUGCUUAAGUGUUGCGUUAAUUGUCACACUGCUUCGUCUGUACACACGACUACGAAUCACAUGCAGUCCGGGUCUGGACGAUAUCUUUAUCGUCGCCGCUCUGGGCUUCUCUAUUGCAAUGUGUGUGGUCACCUCGAUAGCCACUGAGCGUUACGGCUGGAACCGUCACAUAUGGGAUGUACGACCCGACUGGCUCUCGACGAUCCAAAAAUUCAACAUAGUCUUCCAAAUCCUUUUCUCGUGGUCUUCCACCUUGACCAAGAUCUCCCUUCUGUGGUUCUGCAAACGUCUGCUUGGAGCUGGAAGCAAGGGUCUCUACUGGGGCUACAAUCUCGGCCUGAUCGCGGCGAUGGUAUUCGUUGGAAUCUGCUGUGCUCUGUUCCUGUUCAUGAGCAUCUUCCAAUGCAGCCCCGUCAAGGCCUACUGGGAACUGGCUCCCACCUAUCCUCACCAAUGCAUGAACUCCGGCGCGAUUGUCUUUUCUGCCAGUGUGAUCAACAUCUUUACCGAUUUCCUUGUCACCGUCCUCCCGAUGCCCUUGAUCUGGAACCUCAAAUUACCGGCCCGCCAACGAAUCGCUGUCAUCUCCAUCUUCGGGCUCGGUAUUGUGGUCAAUGUCGCCGGAUCCGUCCGCACGGUGUAUGUGUGGAAGAGUAUGAUUGCCUCGUACGAUAGCACGUGGCUGGGAUGGCCGAUCUUGCUCGCGGCGUCUGUGGAAAUCAACAUGGGCCUGAUUUGCGCAUCCGCACCCGCUCUGCGUCCUCUGGUGGCAUUCUUCUUGCCGAGGCUGCUUCAGAGCACCCGCAACUAUAACUCUUCCUACAACAACCAAAGCAAUUCCAAAAAACUCUGGUCUUCAAACGGCCGAUCGAAGCCUUCCCGGGGGGAAUCCCGCCUGUACGGCGACACGGUGCUCGACCGUCUGGAGGUCAUGCGGACGGUAGAGAUGAAGACAUGGACGGAAUCCAGGACCCCGAGCGACGACGACAUUGGACGGUAUGAUGUUGCUUCGAACCACACACAGAUUGCCUCGACAGCCCAUCCCAUCGAUUUCAGACACGACGGCAUGGUGUAUGCCUCCCCCGGCAGCGACAAAUCCUCCAUGUCCCUUACCCGGGGAUCGACCGGAUCUCCGUUUGCCGAUCGCCAUGCGCCCUAA